UUUUGAAAUCGUUUCCUAUUUACAGAAAAGAAAUCAAUUAAUUUUCCCACUCUUUUGAUCAUAUAACCAUUCCAAAUUUUUAGCCACCACAGACAAAAAUUUAUUUUAUUUUAUAUCUAGUAAUUUAGAUGUAUGCAUUGAUGCCUCAUCAUUAUUGUAGUGUACAACAUACAUUUCAGUAUUUCACUUCUCCCUUGAGUUUUAGCUAUAUGCAUAUAUACUUAUAUUUUCCGCUUUCACAUUCACUUUAGAACAAAAGAAGCAGCAACAUGGAGCUUACUGGCAUGAUAUCAGGUUGCAUUGAUUACACUAGAAUCCUCUCCACUAAGGAUAAUGUGAAGAAAGAAGAGAAUUUCAUUCCUAGAAAGGUCAAGAAUGGAGAAGUGAAGUUCUACAAGCUUAAGAGAUUGGCUCCUCCAAUUGUGGCUGCUCUCCUUGCCUUAUCUCCUAUCUCAUCUCCCCAAGUUUCAAGUGCGCAAACCUUAGAAAUUCAGAGAGGAGCCACAUUGUUUCAACAAUCUUGUAUUGGAUGCCAUGAUGCAGGUGGUAACGUAAUACAACCAGGGGCAACUCUAUUUACAAAGGAUUUACAGAGGAAUGGAGUUGAUACAGAAGAAGCAAUCUACCGUGUAACAUAUUAUGGCAAAGGAAGAAUGCCGGUAAGUAAUCUCGAGUAUGUAACAUUUGAGUGACUCAUUUUGUAU